AUGGCUCAAACACGUGUCUUGAUAAAAUAUGGUCCAUAUCAAAGUUUCAACGGUGUUCAACAUAAACCAGAUCGUAUUAAGGGUCUAGAGCUUUAUUUAACAAAUCUUGGUUACGCUGUUACUACCCAAAUGAUUCCGAUUCGAAAUGUUUGCGAAGUUCACGCUUAUGAUAUGAAAGUUUACGAAUGUGACAUUCGUGAUCUACAAUUCAGUGGAGAUGGAGAUUUAGAUAGUUUAUGUCAUGAGGCACAUCGGCAAAUAACUUCUGUGACAACAUCAUAA